AUCAUUUUUUUGAGAACAAUAAGCCAUUGCCAUUUUUAUUUUUAUUUAAGAGGUAAAACGUGGAAUACUUUUAUUUAAUAUUACUUAAAAAUUGAAUUUUUAUAAUAAUGGGUUUCGAUACAAGUUGGGACGUGGAGAAAUAUAAAUCUCCUUUUGAAUGUCAGGAGCAUUGGGAACUGAGAAGAUCUUUUUUGUUAGCUCAUAAAGAUAAGUACCCGGAAGAUCAAUUAAUAUGUCUUGCUCAAGUGUUUUUCAAUAUUGAACUUCUCGGAUGCCGGUAUCCGGAAGACACUAUGAAAUUAGUCGGCGAAUUAUCAGAAGGAAUUGCAGAUUCAUUCCGCGAGAAAAAACAAAAUAAAAUACAAAGAACUUUUGUCCAGGCAUCAGACGCAGCUGGUGCAAAAAUUAAAGGACAAUCUGCAGCCAGUAUUUCAAAUAAUAAUAGCAAUAGUUCAACUUCUCAACCUUCCCUAAUUUCUUCGUCAAUUAUUUCAAAUCCAGACAAAUCCAAUAGUACUCUUACUUCAUCUACCGUCAAAAUAGAAGAUACCGCCGAUAAAAUCGAAGAAGCUAACACCGCCAAAACAAAUGAUCCGCAGAAUUGUAUUUUUUCUACACAAGUUUUUGAUUUACUUUCAUUGUUUCCGGGAAUUAAUAACAUAACAAUUUUGAAGAAUAUCGAUGAAAAUUUUUUCGAUCAUGGUGCUGCUAUUUUACACCGUUCGUUUUCUCACCAUAAAAUCACUCCUCAGUAUGAUAUCAUUAAACGUAGUAACACUAAUGAUAAAUGGGAAUGUAAUUUAUUAAUUCAAAGUAAAAUUUUAUCCACAUCUGUCGCUAGUAGUAAACAACUGUCUAAAAAAGCUGCGGUUCAAGAGUUGCUCAAUUCUAUGCAGGAAAUUUGCUACACGCUUGAGGAAAAAAUCAAAAUCUUGACUGAUGGUUCUACGAUUGAUAAAAACUUGACUGAACGCGUAGAAACGUCACGAAUUGAUGAAAAUUGCGUUGGUAAUAAAAUGAUGAAACUGAUGGGUUGGAAAGGCGGUGGCCUAGGAAAAACAGAGCAAGGAAUUUCGGAACCGGUUACUGUUCAAGAAUCCGUUCAUCGGAGUGGAUUUGGUACGAAUUUAACCGAAGCCGAAGUUAUCCAAAAGAUAAGGCAGAAACUAAAAGCUUAUGCUGAGAACGAUACCCAUUAUGAUCUGUUAUUUUCUAAUGAUUUUACGAAAGAAGAACGGAGUAAAUUACAUUCAAUUGCUCAAAUGUUUCAUCUGAAAUCACGUAGUUAUGGAAGCGGAGCAAAUAGACGAUUAGUUGUUUCAAAAAAAAAUAAAAACAAAAAUUUUGUGAUCGAAAACUUGAGGAAUUCUGGUGGAGAAGACGAGCGUUAUCGUUUAAUAGAACCGAGUGGUCCAUCUAGCAGUAGUUGACCUACUUAUCCUACUACUUUGUAUCGCAUGUUUAGAAUAAUUUUUCCGAAUCAAUGUACCUACAAAAAAAUUCCGAAGAACUUUUCUUGAGACAUUAUACCCAAGAAGUGUAUUUUUAUGAGUUAAUUACUGUGGAAAUAAUUUUUACUUUCAAAAGCAGUUAAGAGCUGUUUAUUACCCGGUGUCAUAUUAUUCCUUGUAUUUUUUUUCAACUUACCUUUACCUCAUUUUUUUCAUUUAAACGAUAAUCUACGGUCAUUUUUUUUUUGUUUAAAUUACAUAUGAUAAUUCCAAUGAUAGCAGUAGUCAUUUUCUCACAAAGCGUCUAUCUUGAGCCCGAAAAUAGCGUCAUAUUGCACGUGUGUUGUACUAUUUUCUCCAUAGGCACUUCAACGAAUUCUGAGGACAUAUGGACGCUUGUAAUUUCUCAAAUUCUAAAUAUCUUUUUGAUAAUAAUUUCAAAUAAAAACUGAAACCAAAGAAAAAAUCGCCUUAAAAAUCAAAAACCUACAGAAGUAAUAGGAUUGUGUUUUUUCUGCAGAAUUUUUAAAUUUUACGUUCGUUGUUUUCUAAAAUUAGCUGCAUAAUAUAGCAAUUUCGAAAAUAUUUUUGGACAAUAGUCUUACUGUUUUACAAUGCGAUGUUUACAACUGAAAAAUUUGUCUGUUAACUAAUUAAUGUAUGUAUUUUAUUGUGAUGUACAGUAAUAUUUAUAAAUACAAGUUUGAGAUGUA